AUGUAUUUUCUAACCAUGUCUGGUGGUGGGCGCUUUAAACCCAGAGGGGAUUGGAUUUGUCCCGAUCCGAAAUGUGGCAACGUCAAUUUCGCACGAAGAUCCUCUUGCAAUAAGUGUGGGAAAGGUAAAAAUGAAAAGAAAGAUGGUGCUACAUUUAAGAAGGGAGGACAAGAGAUUGGAAAGGCCAUGGCAGAGAAAAGUCAUGGCCUCUUCAGUGCUGAUGACUGGCAGUGUAAAAGUUGUGGCAACGUGAACUGGGCGAGAAGAAUGAGCUGCAACAUGUGUAACUCCCCCAAGUAUGGCAAGGUGGAACAGAGAACUGGGUUUGGUGGUGGCUACAUGGAGAGGGAUGAAGUUGUAGAGUAUGUGCAGAGAGAAGACUCAGAGGAGGAAUAUGAUGAGUUUGGAAGAAAGAAGAAAACUUUGCGCAAGAUGUCAACAGAUGGUCAGAUGAAGCAGGGAGAGAGAGGAGGGGGAGAUGCUGAGAACAAGGAGGUGGAUGAAGAUGAAGACGAUGAUGGUGGAGGUGAUGAUGGAGAUGAUGAUGAUGAUGAUGAUGAUGAUGAAGAUGAUGUUGACCUUUCAAAGUAUGACUUGGAUGCCAGUGAUGAUGAGGAAGAGGGACAAAAGGACCAGAAAAAUGGCACAGAAGUAAAGUCCCAAGAUGAAAAGGAAACGUCAAGGUCAUCAUCUAGGUCAAGGUCAUCCUCAAGUUAUUCUUCGGGGUCUAGAUCAUCAUCUCGAUCAAGUUCAUCGUCAAGAUCUCGAUCAAGGUCUGGUUCUAGGUCAAGAUCAGCAGAUGGCAAAAGGUUCAAGAGAAGCUAUUCUAGGUCCAGAUCCAGGUCACCAUCCAAGACGACAUACAAGAAAAGUAACAGAGGGUCAAAAUCGUCUUCAAGGUCACGCUCCAGGUCACCCAGGUCAAGGUCGAGAGACAGAAAGAAGUCAAGUCGGUAGAGGUUUGGAAUAGGAGAAAGUCUCAGUGAUUACACACUCAGAGAUUUUCUAGUAUUAGUAUUUAAUAAUAUAAUAUUUGAGGUCAUGAAAUUGUUGUUUCAUCAAUAUUUAUGAAGAGAUUUCUAUUACUUUCUACUGUGAAACUUCAGACAACUCAUUCAAACAGUAUUCAUUUAUUACAUGUAUAUUACCUUAUCCAUGUACACAGAGUACUGUAAGUCAAAUGUUGACAUAUUUGUUUUUCAGAUGCUGACAAAUAGAGCUGUCGCCUACAGAUGAAUGAAUCCAUCCCUCAAUAUCUUUCAUGUCCCAAUAUUUAGCCCACUUUUGGCUGUAGGGGUCUAUCCUUGCGUUGUUUUGAAAUUAUGAGAGAAGUAUGUUGAGGUAUUAGUCAUUGUCUUAGAAAGGAAAAACUGUUGAAAAAAUUACUGAGGUAUUUUGAAAUGAAUCAACUGGCAAAUUUUACUAAAUUUUGAAAAUUUAGACACAUGGGAAUUGUAUAAAAUCUGUCGAAGAGUGCCAAAGACAUUUCGAGUAAUUAUCUGUUAGGAUCAGGAAUAUUGGUUUCGACAGAUCCCUAAACAUUUUUGUUCUGUUGGGUCAUUUUUGUUCUGGAAGGUAGUGCUCACAUGAUACUUUCAACAUCGAUGUUGAAGGAGGGGUUGUUAGGGAAGUAUUGUGUUCUCCUGGAAAUCAUAUUUGUCAAGCCAUGGAGUAUUACAACUAACGGUUGAAAUGAAAUUAUCUCUUUGCAGUUUUCUUAUUUACCUGGGCACUGUACUCUGCAUUGUUACAUAGUGCUGUGUUUUGGACAUUGAUUGAGGGUUAGGUUUUGGAUAAGUCCACAAUUGGGUGUCAUUGUGCUUAUAACAGGUAAUAACCUGCCUCUGUCAACCUUGCUGUUACUGAUGGUGUACUGAAGUCCCACCUAUUGACAAAACUGUGACUAGUAUCAUCGAGGGAGGGGCUGCGUUUAACAAGGCUAUUUCAGCACGGACUGAUAAUUUUUUUAUUGAAGGAUUUCAUGAUGGUUGUAGUGCUGAGAUAACUUUGUUAGGUCAGGUCAGGUUCUUUCUACAAAGUGCUCGUAGCCCUGUGAUGAUUGUAAGCUUCUGUUCAACUACGAUCACCACAGCAACAAGAUCACUUUGUGGAUUGGAUCCCAGGGUCUCCGUCUCAAUAAAACAAUUAAUGUAAGUGUCAAUUUG